UGCGGCCUCCACGCCCUGGUGCUGGGGGUCACGGUGGCCCAGCAGCGGCAGGACGCCCUGGACCAGGGCACCUUGCUGAGACAGAUCCUGUGCAAUGUUGCCAUCUACCUUUGUGCCAUCACGGUGGGCACCAUGUCCUACUACAUGGCCGACCGCAAGCACCGCAAAGCCUUCCUGGAAGCGCGGCAGUCCCUGGAGGUCAAGCUCAACCUGGAGGAGCAGAGCCAGCAGCAGGAGCGGCUGAUGCUCUCCAUCCUGCCCAAGCACGUGGCUGAUGAGAUGCUGAAGGACAUGAAGAAGGACCCGAGCCAGAAGGAGAUGCAGCAGUUCAACACCAUGUACAUGUACCGCCAUGAGAACGUCAGCAUCCUCUUCGCCGACAUCGUGGGCUUCACCCAGCUCUCCUCCUCCUGCAGUGCCCAGGAGCUGGUGAAGCUCCUCAACGAGCUCUUCGCCCGCUUUGACAAACUGGCAGCCAAAUAUCAUCAGCUGCGCAUCAAGAUCUUGGGCGACUGCUACUACUGCAUCUGUGGGCUGCCCGAGUACCGGGAGGACCAUGCUGUCUGCUCCAUCAUGAUGGGGCUGGCCAUGGUGGAGGCCAUUUCGUAUGUGCGGGAGAAGACCAAGACGGCGGUGGACAUGCGGGUGGGCGUGCACAGUGGGACAGUGCUGGGGGGUGUGCUGGGCCAGAAGCGCUGGCAGUACGACGUGUGGUCCACUGAUGUCACUGUGGCCAACAAGAUGGAGGCGGGUGGCAUCCCUGGGCGGGUGCACAUCUCGCAGAGCACCAUGGAUUGCCUGAAGGGUGAGUUCGAGGUGGAGCCAGGGGAAGGUGGCUCACGCUGCGAGUACCUGAAGGAGAAAGGCAUCGUCACCUACCUCGUCGUGGUCCCCAAGCAGCCCCUGCGCAACGGCAUCAACGGGGUGAAGCUGUCACUGACCUCAUCCCAUGGUGGUUCCCCACCGUUGGUCAACACCAAGGAGCGCAAUGGCAGCCUCAGCCUGGCCUGCCCCAGCCCCGAGGACCCCGAGGAGCCUGAGGUCAGGGCGGUGAACCCCUCCUUCCCCAACCCUCGGCGGCGGCUGCGGCUGCGGGACCUGGCCGAGCGGGUGGUUGACGCCUCCCAGAACGAGCAGGAGCUCAACAAGCUGCUCAACGAAGCUUUGCUGGAACGCGAGUCCAUCCAGGCGCUGAAGGGGAAGAGCACCUUCCGGCUCUCCAUGCGCUUCAUCGACCCUGAGAUGGAGACGCGCUACUCGGUAGAGAAGGAGAAGCAGAGCGGGGCUGCCUUCAGCUGCUCCUGUGUCAUCCUCUUCUUCACUGCCUUGGUGGAGGUCUUCAUCGACCCCUGGUUGGUGGCCAACUACGUGACCUUUGUGGUGGGAGAGAUCUUGCUCCUCAUCCUCACCCUCUGCUCGUUGGCUGCCAUCUUCCCCCGGGUCUUCCCCAAAAAGCUCGUGGCCUUUUCCACCUGGAUUGACAGGACCCGCUGGGCGCGCAACACCUGGGCCAUGGCUGCCAUCAUCAUCGUCACCAUGGCUGACAUUGUAGACAUGCUCAGCUGCUGGCAGGAUCACAGUGGGCUGGGAAAUGGGACAGUGGGGACACCACAGCCAGGUGGCUGUGGGGAUCAGCCCAAGUACUACAGCUACAUCGCCCUGCUGGCCUUGGUGGCCACCAUCAUGCUGGUGCAGGUCAGCCACAUGGUCAAGCUGACCCUCAUGGUGCUGAUCACUGGGGCUGCUGGCACCGUCAACAUCUACGCCUGGGAGCACAUCUUUGACCAGUAUGACCGUCGCCGCGGCCAGCAAAGCAUGUCCUCGCUGGUCCCCUCCAAGUACUCCAUGACGGCCAUGAUCUUCAUCGUGAUGCUCAGCUUCUACUACUUCUCUCGCCAUGUGGAGAAGCUGGCCAGGACCCUCUUCCUCUGGAAGAUCGAUGUCCAUGACCAGAAGGAGCGGGUCUACGAGAUGCGGCGCUGGAAUGAGGCCCUGGUCACCAACAUGCUGCCUGAGCACGUGGCCCGGCACUUCCUGGGCUCCAAGAAGCGGGAUGAGGAGCUGUACAGCCAGUCCUAUGAUGAGAUUGGUGUCAUGUUUGCCUCCCUGCCCAACUUUGCUGAUUUCUACACCGAGGAGAGCAUCAACAAUGGGGGCAUCGAGUGCCUGCGGUUUCUCAACGAGAUCAUCUCUGACUUCGAUGCGCUCCUGGAUGAACCCCAGUUCCGGUGCAUUACCAAAAUCAAAACCAUUGGCAGCACCUACAUGGCCGCUUCUGGAGUGACCCCUGAUGUCAACGCCAAUGGCUACAGCACCAAGAAGGAGACCCUCUCGGACAAGGAGCGCUGGCAGCACUUGGCCGACCUGGCCGACUUUGCCUUAGCCAUGAAGGUGACACUGAUGAACAUCAACUACCAGUCCUUCAACAACUUCAUGCUCCGCAUAGGAAUGAACAAGGGGGCUGUGCUGGCGGGUGUCAUCGGUGCCCGCAAGCCUCACUACGACAUCUGGGGCAACACGGUGAAUGUGGCCAGCAGGAUGGAGUCCACUGGUGUGAUGGGAAACAUACAGGUGGUGGAGGAGACCCACCUCAUCCUGAAGGAGUACGGCUUCCGCUUCGUGCGCCGGGGAGCCAUCUACGUCAAGGGCAAAGGGGAGCUGCUGACCUUCUUCCUCAAGGGCCGGGAGAAGCAGGGCUCCUUCGUCAACGGCUCCUCUGUCACCCUGCCCCAUCAGGUGGUGGACAGCUCGUGA